AUGCUCGCGGUCCUCGGGAGGUGCGCCUGCAAACCUGCGCGCGUCGGGGUAGGGGAGAGGCUGGGGCGGCGGGGAGGGCCGGGGCGGGCCGCGGGGGAGCCCGUGGGAAGCGCGGGGCGCCGGCCCGAGCGGGGAGCUGGAACUGCCCGGGCGCAGAGGCAGGCGCGGGUGGCGCGGCCGUUCCCGUGGCGCGUCGGGCUGGGGAAGGGGCGGGCGCGGGGAGGGCAGGUCCGGAGGCGCGGGGUGGAGGGGGUGGGGGCCGAAGGAAAUGAGACAACCUUUUCCUCCCGCUCGCUCGGGCUCCUCCGGCGUCUGCGGGGCCCGGCGCGGCCGCCCGUGACUCCGACGCUGGACCCCGCGCCCAGGGCGGCUGCCCCGCAGCGCUUCCCCUGGCGGCGCCAGGUCCCGCCUCGGGGUCCCCCCGGAAGUGCGCGCCCCCGUCCAGAGCCUGAGAAGGCAACUGGGGCCAACCUAGUUUCAGAACUGCUCCUACCUGACACCAACACCAUCAGGGAUGAACUGUUCUCACCUCCUCUGCUCCUGACAGUCCGCUUCUCCCCAGAAAACCCCGAGCGAGUGGCCCUGUACUUCGUCUCCGGCGUGUGCAUCGGGCUGGUCCUCACCCUAGCGGCCUUGGUGAUGAAAAUCUCUUGCCAAACGGACUGCCGGCGGCGCCGCAGGAAGAAGUUCCUGCAGGACGGCGAGAGCAGCAGCGACAGCAGCGACAGCGAGGACGGCAGCUCGGACACGGCGUCGGACAUCUCGGUGCGCAGACACCGCCGCUUUGAGCGGACUCUGAACAAGAACGUCUUCACGUCGGCCGAGGAGCUGGAGCGCGCACAGCGCCUGGAGGAGCGGGAGCGCAUCAUCAGGGAGAUCUGGAUGAACGGGCAGCCCGAGGUGCCCGGGACCAGGAGCUUAAACCGCUACUACUAGGGCAAGGGAGGCACCAGGGACCAAACCCAGUUCUGGGAUUAUAAUCUGGGAUUAUCAUCACAGCAGAGGUAAAGCAGAGGUCAAACAGGGCUUUCUCAUUUUAGCUCUAAGGACUCAUUUCUCCUUUUGGAUGACCUUCCGGGGGGAAUAGAAGAACCAAGGUGGGUCGUCAACCUUUCCAGGUCUUGGAACGCAGGUGCUGAAAACCCCUGUCCAACAACGUGGAUGGAGAAUGGAGAGAAACGGGACUGCGGGUUCUCUCGAUUUCUGAGGAUCUCAGAAGUUUCUGCAAACGUCAUUGCUUUGUUACUCCUUUGCAAAAGGAAAAGAUUAUACGGCCCCAGGGCUACGAAUAGCUGGGUGAAUUUCACCCAGUCAAGUCAGUUUUCUAAGUGACUAGGAGCGAAUGGAGCUGAUUUCCAAUCCAGAUUGCUUGACCCAGGCUAAUAUUAUUUAAGGCUGAUUUUUCAAAGCUUGGGUCGCAGUGGGCAAUGGGUCCGUUUUAACUGACACCUCAGGGAUUAAAAUCCUAUCUUUUAGUGUAGUUUCCACCUCAUUUAUGAAAAUGAAUUAUUGUAUUGCAGAAAAUGUGUCGGUGAACUAGAAAACGUUAAUAACCUCAAAGGAUGAAGGGUUUUAUUUGAAAUAGUUUAUAAAGAUAUAUUAACAUGCAUAUUUGAAAAUAAUGCACAAGAACAAAAGCUGUGGGGUGACUCCCUUUGGGGGAGAAGAAAGUUUUGUUGUGACUCUGGGUGAGCAUAAUUGCAAACAUGUUUAAUGUUAUAAAACAAACAUUUGGAUUUCAAGAAAACAAGGGUCAUGGGAGAUAAAGAAUAAAGCCCAAAUUAGGGUGGUAUUUUAAAAAACAAAUAAAGUUGUCAUAAACUC